UUGGCGGGUGUCGUGCUACAUCCACAAUUAUUGCGAUAUCUAUAAGAAAAGAACUGUGACGAAUAAAAUUAAAUUUUUUUCCAAUUGAACUAGUUCCAAACGCGACGAUACAUGUAUGUCGUUGACAUUUAGCAAUUUCUACGAUGACACCGUAUGAGAAUAACAUUGAUUCACGUUGUUCGCUAUUGUAACCUUGAACUUGACUAACGUAUUCGCUGAUUCUGGGGAGUGUCUGAGGCCUGUACAAGUGACUGUUGAUCGUACAUUUUUCUAUCAUUUUUAUCAAUAACAAUUAUGGAUCCCGCGGUCUUCCCGGAGGAAAUUUGGAUUAAGAUUUUAUUAUACUGCGAUGUACCUGACAUUAUUGCUUUUGGCAGCACCUGCAAAUACUUGAGGAAAACAUCCGAUACUGAUUAUCUAUGGAAAAUGAAAUGGCUGCAGUUGAUUUCAAAGGUACAUUUUAAAUUCCCAGAUAUAAAAUGUCUGCAAUUGCUUAGUGUCAGCUUUAAAGCUAUGUGCUAUAGAUUGCACAUGGUAAUAACGUUGGGAGAGAAUGUACCUUUCCCAAAGUGUUACCACUGUAGUGGUUACACCUGUCAAAGAAAUUGUGUAGAAGGUUCCAGUGCUAAGGUGGUAAUUGAGAUUGGUAAUAAAUAUACAUGGGUUAUUACACCAUACUUUGGACUAAGAAGACAUUUUUCAAUGUUUGGCAUUCCAAAGUACAACAGUAAAACUCAUAUGGAACAAGUGCAGACUCAAAAUGUUCCAAGCAGCAGCACACGCUUAAAGUCUGAUACAAAGUCAUUAGCAAAAAGAUUGAAAUCGUUAAAAUUGUCAGAAUUGGCCACAACUAAAAUUCCACGACCAAGCGGACCGUUUUGCGUUUUUUGCAAUUCUGUGAAAUUGUACAGGGAAAAGCGAAGGUUAAUCACACAUCAAAAUGAUCCAUUGUCUUACACUAGACCAAAUCCAAUUUAUCAGAAACUCAUAAAUGGAUAUUGCACCGAUACAGUAGAAGUUCUCGGUAUCCCAAAUGUAGAUGUUGUAAGUCCAGCAGAGGCAUUGCUAUGCGAGGGUACAUUUCCAGUUCUCAAAACUUUUAUCGAUCACUUAUUUCACCAAAUGCGAUUGACUGCGACACUGAGAAAGCCGAAUACUGUGCUUAUGUUUUGCGAACCAUUGGCAAUGCAUCCCACAUUGAGAAAACAGUUAUUACAUUAUUUAUUCCAGGAAGUUAAAGUAGCGAGAGUAUGUCUGGUGCCGAAACCUCUAGCAGCAUGUGCCAUGCUGGAUGUGGAGACUUGCGUGGUAGUUGAUAGCGGUGCUUUGUCCACAACGGUAGCUGUCGUAAUCGGAGGACGGGUUAUACCACAACGCUGGAGGCUGUUGCCUGUGGGUGGUUGGCACGUUGCUUAUCACUUGAAGCAAGCUAUGCACUGGCAACCAAAGGAGUAUCAUCAAAUUCCUAUAUCCUACCUAGACAUUUUGGCUGUUAAAGAAAAGUGCAGGCUGAGUUAUAAUAUUAAGAACGAAGAGAAACGUCUAGGACCGAAAGCAAGAGAGCACAUCAAUCUUCGAGUUGAUAGCUACGCAGACUACAAACAAUUUUGGAGAGUCUCCUUAGGACCAGAAUUAUAUAUAGCCCCUGAAAUGAUGUACAUCAGCCUUGGUUUGCCCGAAGUUAUAAAAGAUGUGACAUCAGGAUUACCGGAAGAUAUAAUGCACGAUUGUCUUUCCCACAUUUUACUCACUGGUGGAAAUACAGAUCUUUCGGGUUUCGAAUUAAGACUUACGAAGGAUUUACGUGAGCAAUUGCCAGAAUAUAGCACAAUUUUAGAAGUGAGAAGCUGUCCUGGUACACAUAGUUGGAAUGUCGCAAUGGGAUCUACGUAUGUGCCUUUAGCCGUGCAUCCUGAUAAAACUCCCCCGGAAUAUAUCGAAGGUAAUCCGUUUUGGUUGUCACGAGAAGAAUACGUAUUGUUUGGAUGUGAAUCUCUGGAACACAGUAAUGAAGGUAUGAUAGGUGAUGCCUUAUAAUAUGAAUGUCUCACUCAUUAUAUAAUUAUAAGAUGCGUGCACAUAUAACACAUAAUGACAGGAAAGUAAAUGUUACCAUCGUUAAGUAUAUUUUCUCUUAUAUUGUCUAUGAAUUGGGAAAAAGUAAUUUAGAUAGUUGAAUAGGGCCUGAAACAUUCCAGAAUAUAUCAUGUUCACUAUUUAAAGGCACCUAAAUGUGUUUCCCGAAUUUUGCUAUUUAAAUUUUAUUUACUAGCAUAAUAUGUGUGUGCGCAAGGUAUAUACUAGAUGUUCCAUUUCGAUCUAUACACAGUGCAGUCUCUGCAAUGAGAAAGAAUGCAAAAAAUUUUAUUAUGCAAUUGAUUUUUUGUUAAAUAUUGUCAAACAAGAUCUUUUCUAAAUGCGUUAGAAGUGGAUAUUUGAGAUUUGUCUUUAUGAAAAAAGUAAUAUAUAUAAUAUAUUUAUAUAUUAUUUAUAUAUAUUUCAUAGUAUUAUAAUAUAUAAUAAAAUGAAUUUAGUGACUUGUUGCUUAUGUUUUAUACGAGGAAUGUUUUACUGCAUAGAUUAAAGGGGGACACCUUGUGUGUGUGUGUGCGUGUGUGCGCGCGCGUAUGUGUGUGGUGUGUGCGUACGUGUGUAUAAUAUUCUAAAACUGCCCCAUAUUAACUUGAAAACUUAUAGCAUUUAAAUUUCCACACAUAUUUAAAAAAAUCAUUAUCUAUCAAUAGUAUUUUAGAAGAUUAUGAAGCUUUAUAUUAACCUAAUGGAUAUGCCAAUGUGGCAAUAGUUUCGUUAUUAGCUCUGUGAGGACUAUCCGACACUUGAUAUUCAGUGCAAUAUUACAUGUUAACGGUAUAAAUGUUUUAAAGCUGCGGUAUAAGAUUUUAGUGCCAUCUGAGUAAUUAUAAAGCUAUUACUUUUAUGUACAUAGCACACAUGCAGUGAAUUGUUUUGUAAAUAUAGAAUAACGAAGCUGUUUAAAUUAAAACUGUACAGAUCACUAUACGAACGAUAAACGUCAGACAUGUAUUAUACAAUGAUAGAUAUAGUAUUUCCAAAAAUUGUUCACUAUUUCGUACAUUUAUAUCACAGAAAUCUUGCCAAAAAAAGAAUGUAUAUGUUAAUGGAAGAAAAGUAGGGAUAUUUCUAGUCACUUAGCUCUAAUUAAAUUUCAUAGGAUCAGCAAAAAUGACGAGAGAGUUCUCUUCCAAGAUAAAAUAAUAAAUAUAAUCACAUUAGCGA